ACACGAGGCCUGUAGGGCCUCUCUCCCUCGGUCAUCCACAGAAACUCAGUCAGAGCAGCGGAGGGCGGGGCCGGGCGGGCCGAGCAGCCGCUGACUGACACAAAUUAAUCACAAGGUGGAAAAUCAGAACAAGAAGUGCGGGGCUCGGCGUGUGCGGGACAAACACCGUGGACAAAGUGCGCGGGGCCUGCGGACUCUGAGUCUGGACACCCUCUUCGCCCCGUGAACGAGGCGACAAAAUAAAGUCACGUGAUCCAAAAUGGGCAGUCCUCUGACGGUGCUGAAAAAAGCCAUUUUCUGGCGCUGCUGCAAAUUCUGUCCAAGUCCCAAAUAACUGAGCCGCCCUGCGCCGCGAGGACGCGGACCCUCGGAGGAGAGACCAGAUCAGCCCAGAUGGAUAAAAUGCAGCCUAACCGGAUCAAAAUCACAGAUCUGAACCCACACCUCACAUGCCCUCUGUGCGCCGGCUACCUGAUUGAUGCUACGACCAUCGUAGAGUGCCUGCACUCCUUUUGUAAAACAUGCAUCGUUGCCUUCCUCGAGACAAAUAAGUUCUGUCCUCGAUGUGACGUCCAGGUCCACAAGACGUGUCCACAGCUCAGCAUCAGAGCAGACAAAACUCUGCAAGACAUUGUUUAUAAGCUCGUUCCGGGGUUAUUCAAAGAUGAGAUGAAACGGAGGCGGGACUUCUACGCAGAGAAUCGUGUGCUGGAACCGGGGGAAGUGGUGGAGACGUUCAACAUAGCAGAGGAUGAAAUUAUCAGUCUGUCCAUACAGUUCUACGAGAGGAACAAAAAUAAUGAGAGGCAGCAUUCAGAGAUGGAAGGAGACAAGUCCAACGGUAAACGCUUCCUGCAGUGCCCGGCAGCCAUGUCCGUCAUGCACUUAGCGAAGUUCCUCCGCAGCAAGAUGGAUAUACCCAACAACUAUCGGGUGGAGGUGCUGUAUGGGGACGAACCCUUAAAGGACUACUACACACUAAUGGAUAUCGCUUACUUCUACGAGUGGAGACGACUGAAGGAAGAUCAGCUUCUGACACCAGCUGACCAGCAACAAUUUAAGAAUCACGCGACAAACGUCGGAGACAAGUACCGCAAGCAAGGAGAGUCAAACGGAGACAGAAAAGCAAAACAUAAACUCGGAGACGCACGACAGCUAACUGAAGCUGCUAGCGUCCUCAACAGUCACGUGUUAGUAGCUCAACCAAUCACCGGGCACAUGUCGGAGAAAGGUAGACUGAAUGGAACUGAUUUGGACAUAUGGAGGACCAAAAUUGAAGUAUAA